GUGGUACUGCAGUAUAUCUAUGUCAAGUUCGAUAAUUUUUAUUGUCACAAAUCUCCCACCAUCUUUCCUAUUGCACACUCAUUUCAGGUUGCUUAUGAACUGUUAAUGGGCUAACCGAUGCUACACAUGACAAAUUACUUUACAUUGCAUUCUAGUAUAAUAAUCCCAUUUACUUCUGAGUUCUUUUGUGCAAAAUGUGAUGGAAAAAACUGAAAAGAGACACUUACCCCUAGUCCCACACUACUGAUCAAGACCCAAGACUGUACGUCCCCAACAAUGCACUGGGGUGUCUCUCUAGGCUAGCGAUGAUGCUGUGACAGCCUGUUGUUGACGACAGUUUUGCUUGUAAUUUGCUGGUCUCUCCGAAGUGAGAGUGGCAUUUUUGCCACUCAACCUAAUUCACAGAUUCUUUUCAGGCUUAUUUUGAGUUCCUUGGCCAAUUGUUUGCUUUGGGGCAGAAAAACUUAUAGGAGCUCCCCCCCCCCCCCUGUCAGUGUUUUCCAUAGGCACCCAUGAUGCAAUGCAGUCAUGCAAAACGGGGUAUGCACUUCUUGGCUUGCGAGAUAUUAGCAUGUUUCUGAAUUUAAGCAUUUGUUUACAUUACACUGCAUUGAUGCGCUUUUAAAGAUCAUCUAUCCUUGGCUAAAUCCUUGAUUAUCCGGGUCUGGUGAUGUUUAGUUUGCAUGUAUGAUGCUUUAGAAUUGGUCCUAUAUUUUACGGUCUUCUAGGGGCAUAAUGUGCUAACGUCAUAACCGCAGAAAAAGACAAACAUGUUGAUAAAUUGUAAUUGUAAAAUUGUAACACUAAUUUCGGUUAUUUUGUCGAUUUGGGUUUCCUGUGGAACAAGCUGCCGCCAUCUUGGGAACGAAAUCUCCCGUCCCCUCCCCCGAUGCGCAAUUAGUAGUCUAUGCGUUGCCUUUCCAGCUUCGUUUUGGAUACCCUGGGUUCCAGAGGCUGAAUAUCCGCUUUUCCCAGCAUGCUAGGGGGCGGGGGUUCAAAUGGGCUGGCGGCGUCGCUCGAAAAACUCUCGCUUCCAUCGAAAAAUCUCCCGUUUCGCUCUAAAAAUCUCGGUUCGCUUGAAAAACUCUCGGAGCCUCUGGUCUAUUUGGACGGCGUCUGUACCAAGAUUUGGGCUACCUUUGGCAGUCCGCGAUACAAAGCGGCCAUGAUUUUUCGCACUUGCCCUGUGUUUACGAUUGAAAGCUCCUUCUUCGAUUUAUACCGCGAAUACGAUGGCGAUAUCAAAGAAUUAUUUGUGUCAGAUUUUGUGGAUGGCAGCGAUUUGUUCACCCUCUGGAAGCAAGAUCAGGUUUUGCCUGAAGAGCUUGUCAAGCUGUAUGUAGCUGAGUUAGCUUUGACAUUAGAUUUCCUUCAUGCUAAUGGAGUGAUUUACCGUGACCUGAAGCUGGAAAAUGUAUUACUUGAUAGAAACGGUCAUGCUAAAAUAAUCGACUUUGGGUUGUCAAAACUAGUCACCCCUGGAGAGCGUAGGACGACGAUCUGUGGAACGCUGCAAUACAUGGCCCCGGAGGUGCUAAAGGGCGAAUGUUACACGGCCGCGUGCGAUUGGUGGAGCCUUGGUAUUGUCAUGUUUACUCUACUUGCUGGAAAGUACCCGUACGCAUGCCAGGAGGACCAUAAUGCACAGCGCAAUGUGGUGGAAGAGACUGGGUACGAGGUUCCAUCACAUGUUUGCGAAAGCGCGCGAGAUCUGCUGUCCCAGCUCUUGCAGAAGGACCCCAAGUUAAGGCUGACAUCAUUAGAGUCUGCACGGAGUCACCCAUUUUUCAACUGCUUGUCGUUCGACGAUGUUAUGGCUAAAAAGUCAAAGCCAUUGGAUGAAAUGACGAUGAAAAAGCUGCGCAGACGCAGUUCAGCAUCGAGGAUGUUCUUUCCUCGUCAUGUUGAACAGCGGAAAGAUAGAAAGCCUCGGCCGCUGUCAUGGGCAAGUCCUGGUCAUUUCACGAUCCACGACAGGGUUGAGAUGGAUUUCCUGGUCGCCGACCUCGGCAGUCUCAGCAUCAUGGAAACUCCGCAGGAUUCAAACAGAGACCAUUAAUAACCAUGAGAAGAAUUCUGCUGCUCAAUGCUGAAAGUUGAACGUGGAUGACGUCAUUUUUUAAUUGUGACGAAGUGGCAAAUAUUUAUGUGAUCUCGUCGAACGCAUCAGAUAGAUAGAUGGAUAUUCAUUCUGAUAACGAACUGCAUUCGCUGAUUGCAUUACAACUGUUAUGUUAAUGACAUUAGUAUAUGUCAAUACUGGUAAUGUGCCAUUUAUAGUUAUGCCGAGAAGACCAAGUCACUCAUCACAAAACCGAACACCAUGGUAACGUCAUGGUGCCACGCCUCGUAUCAUUGCAAUGGAAGGGCGCAUUGAGUCGCCUUGAGAAUGUGUUUUUUUUUUUUUUUUUUUUUUGCUGUAUACAAUAGAUUCUACUUGUUUAUUUAAUAAAUUGGGCGAAAUAUGGUGGUUAAUAAUGGUACGGGCAUUGGUGCCUCGAAAAAGCAUGGAAAUUAGUCCUUAUCUAAAAGCAUAAAUUGAUAUGACAAAUAUUUUAUAAGAAAUAAAAUAUUUAGACAACAUGUAAAUAAAGAUGAAGUAUUCUA